GAAGUUCCUUCCAUGUCUGAUACCCGCGGGUAUCACUUCUCUUGAUCUCUUACUUUAUCAGCUAACAAAUUCGUCGAAAAGUGAAGCUCUCUUUAGUUCCUCCUUCUUCUGUCUGGCCCGAGCAUCAAGACCAGGAAGCCAUCCCUCGGCCAUCACGGGGCUGAUCAACUGAGUGAUACGCUGAUUAUUCCUCCGAAACCUAAAUUCAACAUGGAAAAGCUGCCAAAUGAGAUUCUACUACUUAUUGGGGAAGAGAACAUGCAAAGCUUCAAUCAAAAUGAUUACAUGCCUCUGCUUCUCGUGUGUAAGCGCUGGCGUUCGUUGUUUCUUUCUCGCGCCUACCACGUGAUCAGCUUGAAUGAGAAGCAAAUAGAGCCUUUCUUGACCACAGUCCAUGGUAACCCAUCUAUUGCUAUACCCAACGUCGCUCUGAAUAUCACAGCGUCAAGUGCCGAUUUUGAGGUUACAAGGAAUGAUAUCUCUAGCAUCGGCAGCCGUGUUGCAGAGAUCAGCCAGUCACCAAAAGAAACUACGGAAUGGGAAGGGGAGUUGGUUAGAGGCAGUUGUGAUGCAUGGAUUGCUGUUCUUCUGACAUAUUUGCCAAAUCUUUCUAGUUUGCACGUGGAGCCCGCAUGGUGUGUUGGCAAAUUUAUUCGCAGUAUCGUGUUACGGGCAGCAGCAGGAGAGGCAGCCUUCACAUCUAUAUUGCAGGAGCUCUGUGGUUUUAUUACUAUAAUCGGUUCAUCCGGCCUGUGGCUACCAUCCCAGGCGAGCGAUUACCUACCUUUGUUUAAUCUCCCAUCUAUGAGACAGGUCACACUGUGGUGCGGAUUGAUGGACUCAGACAACGGUGAUACAAUGCCUGGCCUUGGGUUCGAACGGGGGACUUUGCCCAUCACUGAAAUCGAGAUAAUGGGCAACGGAAGGUAUGGCAUGAGAGAACUAAUAACAGCUUGCCAGAACCUCAAAGUUUUCGAUUGGCAGCAUAACGACAUAGAAUUAAUUGGGGAGUCGUACAGGAGAUUUCGUCCCAGGGCAUUCUACAGUUCCCUUUCAACCCAAAAGCAUAGUCUGGUAGAGCUUAGGCUUCACGGCCAAUCAUUUUAUGAUAUUGGAACUGAUUUCGACGAAGAUGAUGACGGAGAGGCAGAGUCCGAGCUCGAUCCUCCUGACAAUUGGUUUGGCUCGUUAGCAGAUUUUGUGAAGUUGCAAGAGCUACGCAUGCGUGUUGUCAAUCUCCUAGACUUCCGCUCCGAGAGUUUCGAGCCAAACAAGGCUUUGAAGAAUAUCCUCCCUGGAAGCUUAGAACGUCUCUUCCUGACGGAGUGCCAUGCAGAGCAUACCGAUCGACUCCAUCAGGAGUUGAUGGAACUGUUCGCAUGCAGGACGCAGAAAUUUCCCAACCUCGGACUACUUAUCAUCGUGUGCAAAUUUCUCAAAGAAUUGGAUCCGCCCACUGCUACUCGAUGCGAAUGUGUCCCUGAUGCGCUUCAAAAGUCAUUUAUCGAGCCAAUCAAGGCAGCUGCAGAAGGUGUCGGUGUCGAUUUUGGGGCUGCUUACAAGCGAGACGUGAGUCAGCCCUAUUUAUAUGCCACGAUUUGAAGGCAAAGAGGUAGCCUCAAGCCAUCAUUCACUGUAAGGUCUUCAUUGCAUGCAUCCGCUUUUAUGUUCUCCUUGUGUUGCGGCAUGUUUUCAAAUCCUGAGAAGCUUUUCAUGGGUGGUUCUCAUUUCUGU